UACCACCGACGUUAGAUAUCCGCAGGUUCAUGAUUAGUUGAAGUGGGGGCCUUAAACACUCGAUCUAAUGGACAAAAAUGAUCCCAUAAAUAAAAAUGCCCCCCAAAAAAGAGGCCUUUGGACUUGGAAAACCCCAAAUGAACGGCGAUACAGUCGUCAAGAACUCAAAAUCAUGAAAAUUUGGAUCCUUAAUCGUCUCUUCACAGACCCAUACACUAUCACUUACUGCCGCCAUCACACUCUAAUUCUCUAAAAACCAUUCAUUUUCUGCAAUGAUGGGGUCUCGGAUCAACUCUCAUCAACUAAGCAAUGGCUUAUUCGUUUCAGGAGGUCGCCCCGAUCAGCUCAAAGACCGGCAACCCACAAUGUCUUCUCGUGCAGUUCCCUACACCGGCGGCGACAUUAAAAAUUCCGGGGAGCUUGGGAAAAUGUUCGACAUACCCAACUCCGAUCAAGGCCCCCCUCCAUUGAGAACUUCACGGACAUCGUCUUCCUCUUCUCAACUCAACACCGGUCCAGUUAGAUCUGGUUCAGGCUCAGGUCCGUUAGGAGGAGCAAAAUCCUCCGGCUCAGGCCCAAUUCCGAAAAGGCACUCAGGUCCCAUUAUGCCGACUGGCCUCAUUACGUCCGGUUCGAUCAGUUCAAUGACGGGUAGUCGGUCGGGUCAGCUGGAACCUUCCCCUUCAAUGGGUAAGACGUCAUACGGUUCGGUUGUGACUAAUUUGACUGAGGAGGUGAAGAUGGGGUUUAAGGUGUCAAAGGCGGUAAUAUGGUUUUUUGUGGUGAUGAUGAUUAUGUGUUUGUUGGUUGGAACAUUUCUAAUGGUGGCUGUUAAGAAUGUUAUAUUUCUGAUUGCCGUUUUAGCAAUUCUGGGUUUGAUGUUAAUUGCGACUGUGUGGAACUGCAGUUGGAAAAAGAGGGGUUUAUUAGGGUUCUUGAAGAGCUACUCAGAAUCCGAUCUCAGCAGUGCACGUGAUUCACAAUGUGUGAAGGUUACUGGGGUAGUUACCUGCGGCAGUAUUCCACUGGAAACGUCUUUCCAGAAGAUUCCAAGAUGCGUAUAUGUAUCGACAGAAUUGUUAGAAUAUAAGGGAUGGGGCGGGAAAUCUGCAAAUCCCAAACACCGAUGCUUCACUUGGGGAAGGAGAUAUGCAGAGAGAUACGUGACUGAUUUCUACAUAUCAGACUUCCAGACCGGUUUAAGAGCGUUAGUAAAGGCAGGAUACGGGUUCAAGACUGCUGUCCUCGUUGAGCCUGCAAAGAUUUUGGAUGUGACAAAGGACAAUCGAGACCAAUCACCAAGUUUCCUACAGUGGCUUUCAAGUCGCAGCAUAUCAAUCGAUGACCGCGUAAUGCGUCUCAAAGAAGGGUAUAUUAAAGAAGGAAGCUCGGUUAGUGUGAUUGGGGUUGUGAGACGCCACGAUAAUGUGCUGAUGAUAGUUCCUCCGCCCGAGCCAAUCUCAAGCGGCUGUCAAUGGUUUCGGUGCCUUCUCCCAACCUACAUUGAAGGCCUUGUUUUGACCUGCGACAAAUCUCAGAAUUCAGAAAUUAUUCCUGUGUAGUUUUAGUAGGUUGAUUUCCUGGACUCUGUCAAGUAAAUAUUAUUAUUAUUAGUUAGUAGGUUAAAAUCUAAUUGAAGCAAUUAAUUAAUACCCUUUUAAGAUAUCUAUCUAUGUUGCUUUUAUAAUUCUUUU